UUUUAUUAAUUUGCAGGGCUUGUUUUGCUUGUUUUAUAUAAAUUGUUUAAACAGGCCAUUAUUAAUUACACAAGUGUCUCAUUAAAAUGUCUACAAAUUCAUAAAACUAAUCCGACAUCAGAUAAAAACCAUAAACGCUGGAUUUAACGUUUCGCCGCUGGAGGGCGAUCUCAGCUCAGAUUCAGCGCUUGCCCUAAAAGUAUUAGCAAAGCAUCUCUUCUUUCUAGCAUGAGAUGAUGGAGUUGCAAAGUAAGUUUACUAAAGACUAAAGGAACAUUCAGAAGAAAAAAAAUUAAUGUUCAUUGGUGCAGCAUUUUCCAACAUGAAAUGUCAUUAUCUCUGUACGUGUUCGUGGCAAAAAUGAGUGUGCACAUGAAGCAGAUCAGACUGUGAAUUUCAAUACAGAAGCUAUGGGGUCGGUUGCAUAAACUGCUGAAACUAGUGGUAAAAGUCAUCUUCAUCUAAUUUGUUUUCUUCAAGACUGGUCUUAACUUUUUAAUGUCAGACAAAAAGGUAGAUUGGCCCAAUCUGAAUCAGAAAAGUAAGGCUAAUUAUUAAGACUGAUUGGCUAACUUUUGGUCAAACUAGUUAAGACAGUCUUAACAAAGUGGCUAUGCAAAUGGACCAUGGAAAUGAUAUGCUAAAUAGCUGUAUAAUAUUAUGACCUGAAGUUUAUUUCUCCCUGUAAAUGAGAUGAAUUUAAGAAAUGUGUGAAAAGAGUCUCUAUGGAAAUUGUCUUGCUUUGUUCAGCAGAACGAACUCUAGAUUUACCGGUUUUAUUGGAAGAUUAUUUGCCAAAACCACAAACACCAGCAGAACAUAACAUAACUUACUGACAUUUUCCUUUUUGCAUGUGAGUUCAGGAACAGGAUGAAUGAUGGGAUACCCUAGUCAUUAAAUACCAAUCCAAUGCGGUGUUAGAUAGAGAGUGAGAGUAAUGUGUUUUAAUUCCACUGAGCUUUGGAAUUAUCACAUCUGGGAAAGUCUUGCACAUUUACUAUCUGUAGCAUUUCAAGUGGCCAUGACCACAAGUUUAGGUAUUUAUACAGACCACAGACACAUUGUGAUUCUGUGGCGUCCUCUAGUGACCAAUACUGCGCAAUACGAGCGGAAAUCAACUACAAAUCACCGAUUAUAGACCAAUCACAUCUGAUCACAAGCCAAACCUUUCUCAAAAGGCCUUUUUGAUCGUAUAGUUUCCACCUGUUAGGAAAAACGAUACGUAAAGGAUAAUAAAAACGUACUAAUAGAUACACAGAUAAUUGAUAUGAAAGUGAACAGCAUAACUCGCGUAAUUCUAUGUUCGAUUCUGUGCAUUUUCUCCAGCCCAACAUUGCUGAACAGCGUCUUAUCUUCAUCUGUAUUAGAUGAAAGAACCGACCGCCCAAGAACAGCUCGCGAGAAACACUCUGGGAAACUUCUAGUGCGUGAUCCGUCCACAAACACGCGCCAGAGGCCGGUGCCUGUCCUGCGGAUCCGUGGCCGAACACCUACGAGAGGAGCACCUGGAGAGGAUCACCUGCCGACAUUCACCCGGCUCCCGGAUGUGGCGGUGACUUGCUCACGUUCCGGAUUCGUUUUAAGGGUGAAAAGGAACUUCUACGGUUUCUCGGCCGCCGCAGAGGAGCUGACGCUCGGAGAAACCUGCAAAAGUAACGGCGUCCUCGAGCCGCAGAACGACCUGCUCUUCACAUACGCGCUCAACGACUGUCAAGGCGAACAACAGGUGUUCCCUGAUUAUGUUGCCUACAAGUAUGUUCUUCACUACGUGCCGCUGUCGCACCGAAACUCCCUCCACCAUCACCGAGUCAACGUGGGCGUGGAGUGUCGCUAUAAAAGGGAACAUCAUGUGCACAGUCUGGUGAUGAGUCCCACAUCACGGACACCAUUGCGCAAAAUUAUCAGGACCAGAUCUGCUGAGUUUCAGAUUCAGCUGAUGGACGACUCCUGGUCUUCUCCAGUCAGAUCCGCUGUGUACCUGCUGGGUCAGCAGGUGAAUGUGCAGGUCUCCACACGGCAUCAUUACCAUGGGGUCAAGCUUUUUAUAAACAGCUGUUAUGCGGCUACAGUCAACACUUUGAGUCAAGCCACCAAACACAGCAUCAUAGACAAUUAUGGGUGUCUACAGGAAAGCCGGAUAAAUUCAGGUGCUUCAAGAUUCAGGUUCUCCAGGGCAGACAAUGUUGUUCAGUUUUCCUUUGGUGCUUUUCAGUUUACUGAUUCACCAGAGGCCCAGGUUGCACUCCAUUGUGAACUCUCUGUUUCUGGCGGAGGCCCUAGUCCAAUGCUCAAGUCUUGUUUUUACAGCCACACAGAUAAAAGAUGGAUUUCUGUGUUUGGUCAAGAUUCGAUCUGUGACUGCUGUGAUUCAGUCUGCAACCAGACUAAAACCAAACGCAAAACAUAUGAAGGGUUUGUGAGCAGUGAUCAAGUACUCUUCUCUGACCCUGUAACUUCUGAUCUCUCAACUUUGGCUUCCUCAACUCUGGACUCCACACUCGUGGCUCAUAGAAAUGAUGACAUUAUCUGGUUUGAAGCCAAAAUGGCCAAAGAGCCCCAGAGGUCCUACACCCACAAGGACUUUGUAGCCUCUGUUACGCUGAUAUCUUCUGAUGAUGACCAUGAUAAGAGACAGCACACAUCUCAAAUCACCACUGAGGAGGAAAGGAAAGCGAUAGAGGAAGAGAAAAAUGAGUAUGUGGAGAUUUUUAUUGCAAUCAGUAAGAGUAUUGUAGGAUCUGAAAGACCAGAUUUAGACUCCAUGGAGAAGCUUGACGUUGCAUCCUUGAGCUGGUCUGGAGACAGGAAGAUGCAGAAUGUGAUUAAGGGUUCCAGUUACUCACAGAAGAAGAUUCAGAGAAUGGAAGAAGUUCAGGAGGGCAAAGGUUCCACAAAGACACCAGUUAUGGUCGGUGAAAUCAUGAAAGAGCAUUCCGAUAUAGAUGAAUCGACAAUGGGAGACCGGGAGCUGGGUGAGGUGUUUCCGCCAUACUUCACCUCAAAGGAAAAUAAUUCUUAUGAAAAUAAAAAAGAAGGCUUGGGCUUGCAAGUGUUUCCACUUGAUUCUGAUGAGCUGAUAGAACAGGGUGUUGUGAAAAAACUAAACCUCACGCAAGACUCAGAUGAUUAUUAUUUUUCAGAUGGAAUGUGAUUCAAAAGAACUUGUGAGAAAAUGUCUGUUUUUUUGUGUGUGUUUAAUUGAUGAAUAAACCAUGAGGAAACAAAGAACCAUGCAAUGCUUCCUAAGAAAAACAAGUAGUGCAUGAAAUUCCUUUUCUUGACUGAAGCCAGUCAAGGCUUUAGGUUGUUUUUCUGGUUGUAAACGAUCCCAGCCGAGG